UCCUCUUUCGUUGCCAUAGUUCCUUCUCCUUGUCGUGAGGCCUUAUCUAAUACAGAAGAUGGAGUACGUAAGUCCCGAAGGGCUUCGCUUAGAUGGCCGGCGCCCCAUGGAAAUGAGGCAGAUCCGUGCAGAGAUUGGCGCCGUCUCCAAUGCUGAUGGCUCUGCUGUUUUCGAGAUGGGAAACACUAAGGUCAUUGCGGCAGUAUAUGGCCCUAGAGAGGUCCAGAAUAGAAGCCAACAACUUAGUGACCAGGCUCUCGUGCGCUGUGAGUAUAGCAUGGCUAAUUUUAGUACUGGAGAUCGUAUGCGGAAACCAAAGGGUGACAGGCGAUCCACGGAGAUAUCUCUUGUUAUUCGCCAAACCAUGGAAGCAUGCAUAUUGACACACUUAAUGCCUCGUUCUCAGAUUGAUAUAUUUGUUCAAGUUAUUCAAGCUGAUGGAGGAACAAGAUCCGCAUGCAUCAAUGCUGCAACUUUGGCCCUUGCAGAUGCUGGGAUUCCAAUGCGAGACAUUGUUACUUCCUGUGCUGCUGGAUAUCUCAAUAGCACUCCUUUGCUUGAUCUAAACUAUGUGGAAGAUAGUGCUGGAGGUCCAGAUGUCACUGUAGGAAUUCUAACAAAGCUGGAUAAAGUGACUCUUCUACAGAUGGAUGCAAAGAUACCAAUGGAUAUCUUCGAAAAUGUCAUGCAACUUGCAAUAGAAGGUUGCAAGGCUAUAGCAAACUACAUUCGAGAGGUGCUGCUGGAGAAUACAAAGGAAUUGGAGUAUCGGCGGGGCAUAUAAUUUUUUUAAGGUAUGGAGCUUAAAUUCCUAUGUUGCAGGUUAUGCUCCAACAACUUACCUCAACACUUACAAGAGGUGCAACUCACCAACCGAGUCUUAAUUUUUGAAUUUUUUUUCUUGUUUUGCACGUCACCUAUGGACUUUGAAGCGGCCAACUGUAAGAGAAUGCACUCUGGUUCUUUUUGGUGUGAAAUUGGAGCCCUCAACUGUAGGGAGGUUGCACUCUUAUUUUCUAAAGAGUAGAGAGCUUGAUCAAAGAAAAGUUAGUGGAGUCACGAAGGAAAUCCUCUUUGUUGUUUUUGCCUCUUUAUUAUUUAUGUUGAUAAAGGGAAAAAAUAUGUCAUUGUUCUACCAGAAAGAUUUAUUACAUAUUACAAUGUGUAUUUGUUUUUUU